AUGAAUUUGAGCGAAUGGAGGCCUCAAGAAAGCAUAAUAAAAAAUAUAGAAGAUACAUUACAAUUAGCUUUGGUUCCAAAUAGCGAUGCCCAGAAAACUGUACAGGAUAGGUUAAUCCUAAUGCAAAAUUUGACAGAUUUUCCAAAUUACCUUUUAUUCAUACUGGGAAAUCCAGGUUUUGCUGAAGACAUUAGAUCUCUUAGUGGAAUUUUACUAAAAAAUAACAUACAAUCGACUUAUAAUAAUCUUAGCGAAGAAAAUACUUUAAAAAUCAAAAAUGAAUGUCUUCGCUUGUUAAAAGAUCCUUCUAGGGAAGUCAGAAUAAGCAUAAGUAAUAUUAUUGUAAUUAUCGCGAAAGAUCAUCUGAAAACGUGGCCAGAAUUGGUUCCAGUUUUAACUAAAGGCUUUGUAGCACAGGAUGAAUUCAGUGAAGUAGCAUUAACCACAUUAUUUAAAGUAUGUGAAGAGUUAAUUAACAGCCAAAAACCCCAGGAAGAAAUUUAUAAAAUAACAAAAGAAGUUUUUCCGAAAUUUGUUGAAUUUGUAGGCAUAGACAAGUGUAUGGUUCGGCAGAACAUAGUGAGACUUACUAACCAAUUUUUACAAGACUAUUUUGCUGUUAUGAAACAAAGUAUUGACUUAGGAAUUUAUCUGAGGAAUGUAAUGCAGCUGGCUAAUACUGAUGAUUUAGAACUACAAAAAUGUGUUUGCCAUACAUUUGUUAUUUAUAUUGAUAAUCAUGAGGAGACAUUACUGCCCCAUUUACAUGACAUAAUUUGUUAUUUGUUGGAAAAAUGUCAUCAUGAAGAUCAAGAUGUGGCCCUGCAAGCUUGUGAAUUCUGGCUAGCUUCUACUAAAAUUAAUACUUGUAAAGAUAUACUUACACCUUAUAUAGAAAAGCUGCUUCCAACACUCCUAAAAAAUAUGAGGUACUCUGAUAGUGAAUUAAACAUGAUAAAAGACAGUUUGGGUUCUGAUGCUAACAAAAAAGAUUUGACAAAAGAUAUUUCGCCUUUUCACUUCCGAGAUAGAAACAAUGGUGGCGAGGGUGAAGAGUACUAUAGUGAUGAAGAAACUGAAGAUCAAAGUGACGACUUUGAUGAUUUUUAUGUGGGGUGGACAUUACGAAAGUGCAGUGCUGCUUCUUUGGACUCAAUUGCGGUAAAGUUUGGUGAUGAAAUUUUACCAUUGCUAAUUCCACUUAUUAGUGAAAUGUUACAAAAUCCAGAUCAUUUAGUUAAAGAAUCCGCAAUUUUAGCUUUGGGUGCUAUAGCUGAGGGGUGUUUUAAUGGAUUGAAAUCUGAGCUGCCCGAAUUGGUUCAGUUUUUGAUCCAUUGUAUGAAUGAUGAGCAUUCUGUUGUGAGAGUGAUAACCUGUUGGACUUUAAGCAGGUAUGUAUCAUGGAUUGUGAAUGUCCGUGUUGAUAAUCCUGAAGAGUAUUUUGUACCAGUAAUGACUAUUUUGCUAAAACACUUUGUUGAUGAAAAUAAAAGAGUUCAAAGAGCUGCUAUUUCAGCUUUUUGCAUAUUUCAAGAAGAAGCUCAAUUAAAACUUAUUCCUUACAUUGAUUUCAUUUUAGAAGGUUUUAAGUAUGGCUUUGAACAAUUUCAUUGUCGUAGUUUGUACUUGCUUUAUGAUGCUAUUGGUGUUUUAGCACAAUCUGUUGGAAAUCACUUAAGCAAAGAUGAAUACGUUACGAAAUUGUUACCACCAUUAAUGAGUAAAUUCACUGAACUCAAGAACUUUUAUGAUGAUCAUUUUAUAGCUGUUUUAGAAUGUCUUUCAAAUGUGAUUCCAGCUCUUGAAGUAUCUUUCUUACCAUAUUCUGAAAUAGUUUAUUGGCACUGCCUACAACUUAUUAAUGAUACUCUUAUAGCAUCUGUCAACUAUCAACAAAAUCCAAAUGAGUAUGAUCCUCCAGAUAAGGAACCAAUGAAUGUGGCUCAUGAUGUUUUGUAUAGCAUGGCAUUAGGCUUAAAAACACAUUUUGUAAAGUAUGUUACAAACAGUAAUCUUAUUUAUUUGUUAUAUACCACGAUGCAGGAUAGCUCCAAUCUAAUUCGACAGACUUCCAUAGCUUUAUAUGGAGAACUGAUAGGUUUGUGCUAUCCUUUUCUGGAUGCUAGUGUGAAAGAGUACAUUCCCUUGAUAAUUAGAAAUUUGGAUGAGCAUACAGAUGGUGUGUGUAAUAAUGCUGCAUGGGUAAUAGGCAAGUUAUGUUCAGUCAUGGGAACAACAAUACAACCUUUCCUUCCUGAAAUAUUAAAUGCUUUUGUUCAUAUCCUAAGAACUCCUGCUGUAGCUCGUACCAUGCACAAAACUGUAGCUAUUUCCCUGUGUAUUGUCUUUUUUGUAUGCCCUGAUGUGACUGUUCCUGAUAUGGAUGUAAUUGUUAAGAAUUGUUGUAUGUUGGUUAGAAAUGUGCGAGACUCUGAUGAAAAGGACUUAGCCUUUCGUGGUUUAUGUGAAGUGAUUAUUAGACAUCCAGAAUUUAACAAAAAUUAUUUUAUUUUCUUUUGUGAUGCGGCUGCUUCUUGGAUAAAUAUUCGUGUGGAUCUUAAACAAAUGAUUCGAAAUGUCUUAAUGUCUUUUAAGCAACAAUGUGGAGAAGAGAACUGGCGGCAGUUCUACACCCAGUUCCCAGAAGCUUUAAAACUAAAACUUCAAGAAAUAUACGGGGUAUGA